CAACAAUGAGGACCUACAUGUUGCAAGUCAGCUGUUACUUCGUUCCGAGAAAUAACCGGAACGUGCUUUCAGGCUGUCCCAUCUUCAUAGAUAUGUAAUGUGAUGAUAAUGAUGCAGUGUGGCCGAUUAUCUGUAAUAGGUGUGGUUCGAUAUUCAUCCUUCCUCGACAUAACAACAACAGUAGGAACAUCGGAUGCUGUCGACAGCUCGUCAAGCCUGCUGAAAGAACAGUGCGGCAGUGGGAACACCAAAGUUGUUUCGAGGUUGACCGAAAGGCAUCGUUUAAUUGCUGAAGGUCGCUUGCCACCUGUGUUUUAUGAGUGGGAGAGAGAAUUAUGGGCAAAACGCGAACGUUUCGGUACUUAUGGUUUAGCUAGUGGUGUUAAUCCUGAAGAAUUAUGGCCCACUAUCGAAGAAAUUCAAGAGGAAGAAGUAGUAGGGUGGUAUAUGAAAUACAAUGAUGUCGUAAAAGCUGUAGAAAAUGCGAAAAGGUCAGAACGUGUGGCUAGCUUAACCAGGCUUAAAGAAGUGGCCGCACUUGAACAUAAGUAUCCGGAAAUGUUGAGGGAAUUUUUAGAGAAUCAAAAAGAGGUGGUUCCGAUGAAGUCGAAACAAGAAUUAGAAGCGGAACAGCAAGCUAAAGAUAUGCUUGAAUACUAUGGCUAUGAAAUUUCGCCUAAUGAUCCACGAUUCCCAAUUUUAUUUGAAAAAAUGACGGAAGCAAAGAAAAAAGCAGCCAAAUUAGCGGAAAAAGAGGAACUAUCGUUGAAGAAACGUACAUCGCGAAAGAAGGAAAAAGAGAAGAAACAAGAGGAAAAAGAAAAUUCAUGAUUUGAUUGUUUGUCAGAAGAUAGGAAUAAAUGAUAACUGGAGA